AUGACCGUGAACAGGUCAGCCUUGGCCGCCGCGGCUGUGGCUCUGGUCUCGUUCACCCAGGCAUGGAACAUCGAACUGCCUCCCUGCGUCGAGCCUUUCAAACCCUUUGUUUACUCUGGCUGUUUCCAAGACAGCAACUCCAAUGCUCUUGUUUUCCGGUCCAGCCUUGACCAGAAGGACAUGACUGUUGAGAAGUGUAUUGCUGACUGCAAGGGCAAUGGCUUCCGUUACGCUGGUCUUGAGUACUACGGCGUUUGUUUCUGUGGUGCCACCGUCAACGGUGCUCAGCUCGAUGAGUCCAAGUGCUCGUUCCCCUGCAGCGGGAGCAAGACUGAGAAGUGCGGUGGUGACAAGAGCCUUUCAGUCUGGCAGGAUCCCACCUUUCCCAAGAGCCCAAGCGACGUCACUGUGGACGACUACAAGUCUCUCGGCUGCCAGACCGACGAUUCUCCCAAGGGCCGCACUCUCUCCUAUCCCGCCAACCUCGAUGCCUCUACCUUCACUACCAAGAAGUGUCUGGCGGCUUGCGAGAAGCAAGGCUUCCCCUUUGCGGGUGUUGAGUUCGGCAAGGAGUGUUGGUGCGGUGUUGUCCUCGCCAACGACACAGCCCAGGUCGAUGGCUCUCAGUGCAACAUGCCUUGCCAGGGCGACUCUUCAGACACCUGCGGUGGACGCGGUCGUCUGAAUCUGUGGGUUGCGAAGGAUCUCGAGUCUCUUGAGCCUUGUGGUCACCAGCCUGGUACGGGCACCACGCGGGUGCCUCCUGUCACGACAACUACAACCAAGUCUGUCGACACGACCACCAAGCCUUAUACUACCACUACCAGACCAGAGACUAAUACCACUACAAAGCCCUAUACUACUAACACCAAACCCGAGACUACUACUACUAAGCCCUAUACUACCACCACCAAACCAGAAACGACUACUACAAAGCCUGAGACCACGACAACCACGCAUGAGACUCCUACUGCAAAGCCCCAGACGACGACAACCACGGGUGAGACUACGACGACGACGAGACCCGAGACUACCAUUACCACAACCAGGCCCGGUACCACUGGCACCACAACGCCCGAGACAGCUACGACUACACCCCAGAUGACAACUACCACCAAGCCCCAGGCUACUGAGCCGACCACUACUACCGAGGGUAUCCCUCACACCACCACCAACCUUUGCACUGCCACAGUAACUCUUCCUCCCAAGUGCGAGUGGCAGUGUGGCAGCUGGUGUGCUCCUGCUCUCCCCCACUGGAGUGAUCAAAACGGCUGUGUCAUCGCUCAGAAGACCUGCCACAAGCAGGUAUCCUCGUGCUUCAAGAACGCAGGCUGGCCCGGAUCCGUUGAGUGCUUCAAGUUCAAGGCCUGGUGCGGAUUCAUCGAUGCCUACUGCGCAUCGUCGUGCCCAUCCAGCAGCUGCGGCAAAUGGGACUGCUGGAACCAGCAUCACGGCGGCAGCGGCAAGCCUCCCGGCAACCCCCCUACUACGACGACAUCUGUCUACCCAUGCCCGACGACUUCCACGCCUGCUAGCACCACCGCCAAGCCGGCGACUUCAUGCCCUCCCGAGCCGACCAACAUUUGCACCCAGCCUACCAGUCAUAAGUAUGGCUACGGUCCCGGCAAGCCCGUCGGCGGCAUCCCCCUGCCCGUCGUAGGCUGCAACGACUGCAAGGACGAGUUCGACGCGAAGCCCUUCAAGUACUACACCGAAGCCGAGAGCCGCAACUGCCCCGGUUUCCCCUGGCAUAAGUGGCCCGGCGUGUGCUCCCAGGCCUGCAAAGAGCAGUACGCCCAAUGUGUCGCCACCUACAACAAGGGCUGCCAGACCUGGGGCUGGAGGAAUGGCUGGCACAAGCGCGCCGGCGAGUCUGACGAGCAGUUUGCCAAACGCUGGAGCAAUUGGGGAUUGGGUUCCUGCGCCGCCGCCGACUCCGUCUCCACGGGAGCUUGGUCUGCAGAGGGCUCCGACAGCCUCCUGUGCUGGGGAUGGGGCGGCAACAAGGCCAGCUGGGCUCUCGAACGUUGCAAGGCUCAGUACCGGGACUGCCAAAGUGUGAACCAGUGGGUUGAUCCCGAGGACAAGUGCCAGCGGUGGCCUGGUUGCUGA